UGAGGACCAGGAUAAUAUUAUUAUUAUUAUUAAUUUCUGCUUAUUGACACUGCUGAGAGCUAUGUGUCAAAUACUGUGCUAAGCAAGCACUUUACCUCUCAUUUAAUCUCCAAACAACUCUAUGAGGCAGAUGAUUAUUAUUUCCAUUUUACUGAUGAGGAGAUUGAAGGAUACAAAUAUUAAGUAGCCUGUUCAAUGCCACACAACUAGUUUAGUAGAGCUGGGAUUUAAACAAGGCAGUCUGGCCUCACAAUUCAUGCACUUAACCUUAGGUACUAUUAUACCUAUUUUACAGUGAAGGAAAGUGAGCCUCCCAGAGGUUAAGUAACUUGUUCAGGUCACACAGCUAAUAGGCUAUUAAGACAGGAUUCAGACCCUAGACUGGUUCAAGAGCCUGAGCUCUUAACCACUGAGACUACGGUAAUGGGAUACAGGCCAGAGCCCUCAAGGUUGUACUGAUCAGAGCUCCAGGGGUCCAGGCCGCCAGCACCCGCCCCUCUCAGCAUCCACCUCGGGCUGGACCGUAGCUGGCUGCCCAGUGCACGGGAGAUAUGACGCCCCCUACCUCUGGCAUUGGGAGAUGGAGGUCCUGGGGGCCCUCAGGCCGAGGCCGGCUUUGCUCCCCUUUGGCGUAGGUGCCUGCGUCUUGACCCGUACUGAAGGCCAGGUGUGGAACCCUCACUCGGGUCCUGGGACCCGUCCUCCCGCAGGCCUAGCCAGCACCGGGCCUCUCAACUCCACGCCCCCACAUCGUCUGGGUGCCCAGAGGUUGCUAGCAUACUACGGGCCGUUACACAGGCGCGGGCUGAUGACGUCACCGCUGUUUCCGGUGUCUGGCGCUUCCCUCCAGCCGAAGUCAGCAUGAUCCGCUGGACCCCCAGCGACUUGCCUGAAAGAGACCACUCAACCUGGACGAACCCUUUGGCAGCCCCAGACCGUCCUUGAGGAGGAUGACUGAGACACUAUGGGCCACGCGCUUUGUGUCUGCUCUCGGGGAACUGUCAUCAUUGACAAUAAGCGCUACCUCUUCAUCCAGAAACUGGGGGAGGGUGGGUUCAGCUAUGUGGACCUAGUGGAGGGGUUACAUGAUGGACAGUUCUACGCCCUGAAGCGAAUCCUGUGUCAUGAGCAGCAGGACCGGGAGGAGGCACAACGAGAAGCAGACAUGCAUCGCCUCUUCCAUCACCCCAACAUCCUUCGCCUUGUGGCUUAUUGUCUGAGGGAGCGAGGCACUAAACAUGAGGCCUGGCUGCUGCUACCCUUCUUCAAGAGAGGUACGCUAUGGGACGAGAUAGAACAGCUGAAGGACAAAGGCAACUUCUUGACUGAAGAGCAAAUCCUUCAGCUGCUGCUGAGUAUCUGCAGAGGACUGGAGGCUAUUCAUGCCAAGGGUUAUGCCCACAGGGACCUGAAACCCACCAAUAUCUUGCUUGGAGAUGAGGGGCAGCCAGUUUUAAUGGACUUGGGUUCCAUGAGUCAAGCAUGCAUCCACGUGGAGGGCUCCCGCCAGGCUCUGACCCUCCAGGACUGGGCAGCCCAGCGGUGCACCAUCUCCUACCGGGCCCCGGAGCUCUUUUCCGUGCAGAGCCACUGUGUCAUCGAUGAGCGGACUGAUGUCUGGUCCCUAGGCUGUGUGCUAUAUGCCAUGAUGUUUGGGGAAGGCCCUUAUGACAUGGUGUUCCAGAAGGGUGACAGUGUGGCCCUUGCUGUGCAGAACCAACUAAGCAUCCCGCAGAGCCCCAGGCAUUCUUCAGCCUUGCGGCAGCUGCUAACCUUAAUGAUGACUGUGGACCCGCAGCAGCGCCCUCAUGUUCCUUUCCUCCUGAGUCAGUUGGAGGCACUGCAGCCCCCAGCUCAGAGCCAGCACACUACCCAAAUCUGAACAAACCAGUGGCCAUGUUGAGAAGGUGGCCCUGUGCCUUGGGAAGAAGCUCCCACCCCUUAGUGGAAUCUCCAUCCCUUCUAACCAGGACAGCUUUCUUGUAGUUGGGGGCAGCUGGGGGGUGGGGACAGUCAGCUCAGUCUUCUGUCUCUGAUUCUGCUCCCUUACACCCAAGAGCAACAACUGGACUGGGGGCCUGACUGGGUAGUGGUGGGUGAGGGUGGGGAAUGGGGAAAGGGGAACUGAUAGAAUCUGGUAAAGGCUCUGAGCAGGACUGCUGAGCUUACAUCAUGAUCUGCCUCCAAAUCUGGGAGCAGGAAAAUGUAUGAAUAGAAGAAUAAAGUGAAAGUAGCUUGGUGUGA